AGCGGCACAGCGAUGCUGAGAGCGCAGCAGGAUGAAUUUCACCUCCUCCCUCUGCUCCUCGUCCCGGACUCUCGGCCUCCUCCUCCUGCAUCUCCUGCUGGUCCAGCCGUGCCUCCUCCACCCGCAGCCCUGCCACAUCUUGGCCCAGAUCGGACACACGGUGCGCGUCGGUGCGCUCCUGCCGGCGCAGCGGGCGGCGCGGGCGCAGAUCCAGGCGGCGCUCAGCCGCGCCGCGGGUCGGGACCGGGACCAGUACAACUUUUUGCCCUACAACCUGAGUCUGGAGCUGGUGAGCAGGCAGCCCUCGGCAGGGGACCCCGCGUCCAUGUUCCGGUGCGUGUGCGAGGGCGUGGUGGUGCAGGGGGUCUCGGCCGUGCUCGCCUUCCCUCAGAACCGCCAGGAGCUGCUACAGGUGGACUUCAUCGCCUCCUUCCUGGAGAUCCCGUUCGUCAGCGUCGUUGAGCACGGGGAGCCGCUGGACACGCAGAACCGGUUCCACCUGCAGAUGGUGACGGCGGUGCCUGAGUCCGGCCUUUCAGAGCUGCUGCUGACGGUGCUUCGGCGCUCCGGCUGGAGGGAGGGUACGGCCGUCUUGUGUCAGGGCUGGGAGGAGGCCCAGGGUCUCCUGCAGCUGCUGGAAGCUGGAGUCACGUGGCAGCUCAGCGCACUCCUCAACCUGACCCAGUCCUCCCACGACGACACACAGAUACACGAGUUCCUGUCCCAGCAUUUCCGGCGGAACCGUCCACCGCCAUCCUCGGUGUUGCUCUUUGGCGCAGACCCACAGUGCGCUGCCGCUGUGCUGCGCAGUGCUCAGGACUUGGGACUUACGUUACCCGUGAUGCAUUGGGUUCUGGGUCAGCCGCUCAGCCCGGAUGCGCUGCAUGCUAUUGGGCUGCCUCUCGGACUUCUCGCUUAUGGACAGGUGGAGAGGAAGCCCCUGGACUUUUACAUCAGAGACGCUCUGCAGCUGAUUUCGAGAGCCGUUGCCGCAGCGACAGUGGUCCGUCCAGAUCUGGCUCUGAUCCAGAACAUGGUCAACUGUUACGACAAACCCAACAAACAUGAGCUGCCCUCAUCAGGACAGUACCUCUCCAGGUUCCUGUCCAACAUGUCUUUCUCAGGUCUAACGGGUGUGGUCCAAGUGCUCCAGAACCAAUCCCGUGUCCUUACCCCCCAGCGCUUCCACAUCUGGAGCCUAAGACGAGAUGCACUGGGCCAACCCUCCUGGGUGACGGUGGGCAGCUGGGAGAACGGGCAGCUUCAGGUGGAGGACGAGGGGGUCUGGCAAGGUCCACGACCUCGACACAGAACGGAAGGGUUUGGGGGGAAGACCAAAGGCCGCUGGAGGGCUGGAAUGCCAGUGGCCGGUAGCCGUGUUAGGGUGGUGACUCUGGUGGAACACCCAUUUGUUUUUACUCGGGACGCGGACGACGAAGGCAUCUGCCCAGCAGGUCAGUUCUGCAUGGAUGCUGGAACCAAUAACUCCGAACUCCUGGAGCGAUACUUUCAUGACGUGGCAAGCGGGAAUGGUAGCCUGCUGCCGGCGGAGUACAACAAGUGCUGCUAUGGUUACUGUAUUGACCUGCUGGAAAAGUUAGCCGAGGACCUCGGCUUUGAGUUUGAUCUCUACAUUGUCGGAGAUGGGAAGUACGGAGCCUGGAAAGGAGGCCGCUGGACGGGGCUGGUGGGGGAUCUUCUCCUUGGGCUUGCCGAUAUGGCGGUCACCUCCUUCAGUAUCAACUCAGCUCGCAGUCGUGUCAUUGACUUCACCUCGCCCUUCUUUUCCACCAGUCUUGGAAUACUGGUACGCAGCAAAGACACCGCCGCUCCCAUCGGCGCCUUCAUGUGGCCGCUGCACUGGUCCAUGUGGGUGGGAAUCUUCCUGGCGCUGCACAUCACCGCUCUUUUUCUGACUCUGUACGAGUGGAAGAGUCCUUUUGGGAUGACGCCUCACGGACGGAAUCGGAUGCGCGUGUUCUCCUACUCCUCUGCUCUGAACUUGUGCUACGCCAUCCUGUUCGGACGCACGGUCUCGUCCAAGACGCCCAAAUGCUGGACUGGUCGAUUCCUGAUGAACCUGUGGGCCAUCUUCUGCCUGCUGGUGUUGUCCAGCUACACUGCCAACCUGGCCGCCGUCAUGGUCGGGGAGAAGACCUUCGAGGAGGUCUCGGGAAUCCAUGACGCCAAGCUUCACCAUCCGUCCCAGGGCUUCCGCUUCGGCACCGUGCGAGAGAGCAGCGCCGAGGACUACAUGAAGAAAAGUUUCCCCGAAAUGCACGAGUACAUGCGACGCUUCAACGAGCCCACGACUCCCGAGGGGGUCGCCACUCUCAAGGCAGAUCCUCCUCAGCUCGAUGCCUUCAUCAUGGACAAAGCUCUGCUGGACUAUGAAGUGUCCAUCGAUGCCGACUGUAAACUAGCAACAGUCGGGAAGCCGUUUGCUAUUGAAGGUUACGGCAUAGGUCUCCCCCAGAACUCCCCUCUGAGCUCCAACAUCUCCGAGUUCAUCAGCAGGUACAAGUCAGACGGCUACAUGGACCUGCUGCACGACAAGUGGUACAAAGUGGUGCCGUGUGGGAACCGGGUCUUCGCUGUCACAGAGACUCUCCAGAUGGGCAUCAGCCACUUCUCCGGCCUCUUUGUGCUGCUGUGUGUAGGAGUGGGCGGAGCCUUGCUGACUUUAGCCGGUGAACACGGCUUCUACAGACUGGUGUUGCCGCACAUCCGCCGCCGCCAGAACCUGAAGUACUGGCUGCACACCUCUCAGAAAAUCCACCGAGCCCUGAACAUGACGUAUGAAGACGUGAAACGCCAGCGGGCAGAGAAGGAGAAAAGUUGUAACCUGGAGAGAUCUCAGCCCCCGUCAGGACCACCUGCCCCGCCACCGCCAGGAGCAUCCGCCAAGUGGAACAAUGAGACUGAAAAAGACGCUGCUGCAGCAGCGGCGGCCGCCAAGGAUGCCCGGGACUUUAAAAGAGUUCACUUUAAUCUGGAGACGCUCAACACUCGCCGCCUGCUGGCUCGCCUCGCCACUUCUGAUGCCAAGGCAAAGGCAGCGAAAGACAAAGAGGAGGCUCCCUUUAAUGCGAAGGCAGCUCCGUCGAGCAGACUGUGUGAGAACGGUGGGCCCGCGUCCUCAUUCGCCAGCUUGGUUCUGUCGCGCUCAGCAGCUGCUGCGUCUUCCAACCGCCCAAACGCUACACCUGCCAACGGAGCCCCGGCAACUGUUUCCAGACUGGCAUCGCGCGCGACUGCGGCCGAUUCCACAGACCAACCGGCCGCUCCUGUGGCCCCGCCCAAGCCAGGCGAACUGCAGGAGCUGCAGGAGCAGAUUGAACAGAUGAGAGAGAAGCUGCGGGUGGCUUUGGCCAGAAGGGCCGAGAUCCAAACAUCUCUGGCCAAACCUGUCGCCACGGUGACUGCUAACAACCCGUCCUCUGUUCCAGCUACAGUGACUGCUACAACAGAGUCCGCAGUGCCGGCGGCAGCAGCAGUGAUAUCAACGAAAGUAACCGCAACAGCGACAUUGCCUGCAGGGACAGCAACGUCUACAAAGGUCACGGCAACAGCCGCGACGACCGCGGCGACAAGCGCGCCAUGGAAAGUGACCGCAGCAAUGUGUGCGAAAGUGACAACAGCAGCAACAACGUCAUCGAAACCGACAGCAGCUACAUCCAUAUCAUCGAAAUGGACAGCAUCAGCAACGAUGACAGCCGCAACGGCAAUGUCGCCAAAAUUCGCAACAUCAGCAAGUCCAGCGUCAACAUCCGCACCGAAAGUAGCCGCUCCCACCGUCACCACGAUAACAUCCUACCCUGCUAACACCAAGUGCGUGAUGACCAUGACGGACCCGCCACACAAAGUCCUGUCCAAAGUCCGGCCCCUACCCAACAGACUGGCCAAUGAGAGGAGGUGAUGUUCUCUGCGGAUGUCACGUGACCCUCAGCACAUGGCAGGGCCAUCUUGUAUUUUUCUCUAUUCUAUACAUUGACUGAUUAAAGAUGUCAAAUCAUGUAGUCCGCACACUUCAUGGACAAGUGAUUCAAAUGUUUUUGGAGCUUCUGACAAUUUCUCAGUUAGCAAUUCAGAUGUAUUGGGUUUCGCCAAAUACCACCUUCAAGGUGGUCAGGAGUUUACUGUAGAACUUCCAACGGUGGCCCGAGCUUGAUCCCUGAGGGGCCUCACACAUUUCCACGAUCAAUCCCCAUCACAUUUGCAAGAUCACAUAUUUAUAUUUUUACAUCAUUUCAUAUCAUUUUUCUCUUCUUAAAGACGGUGCCACAUCAUGUCAUUUGUUUCUCUCUCUGUGUCAACAGUAGCGGUCGUCAGGUAAAUAUUGUGAUGUAAUUAACGGCAAUGUUUUUCUGACUUAUAGUGAAGUUGAAUGUCAAGCGGUGAGCUGAAGUUAUGUUCGAGUAUUUAGAUGAAUGUGACUUUUCAGCGCUGAAACAGAAAAUUCAUCAUGAAAAAUGUGUUUUUUGACCUUUGAGAAAUGACCCGCUGCUCCAUCGCUUCCAUCCCAACAACUGAACUUUUGCAUCUUUAUGUUUUUGGGGACUCAUCUUGCGCUAUGAGGCAUUCACUGACCUCUCUUUUUGAUGUUUACAAAUUUACCAGGUGUGUUUGAGGUUUAUUGGUUAUUUUCUUUCACUUUCUUUUUGUUGGAAGGUAUUGAAAAUUAAAAUAUGUGUUCUAUCGAUUAUCGUCACUUUUGUUAUUUUCCUUUAAGACACCGUGAAUGUCUCAUGAAUGUAGUCCACUGAUUUCAUUUUUUCCUC